AUACAGACAGAUAUAGGAAAGCAGUUAAAAUUUACUUUGGGAUAUCCACAUGACUCGUUCUCAAACUUUACUGAAAUGGCAACGAGGCACGGUUACGUCUCCGAGCAGCAUACAGUCGUCACAGAAGAUGGCUACAUCUUAACAAUGUUUCGAAUGACCAAGGGAAGGAACUGCAGACGACCGAUUAAAAGACCACCAGUUCUCCUGAUGCACGGUCUACUAAUGAGCUCAGAUUGCUUCAUGGAUUCAGGUCCCAACGCCGGUCUAGCGUACCUUAUUUCAGACCUAUGCUACGAUCUUUGGCUUCCCAAUAUAAGAGGCACCUACUACUCGAGAAGUCACAUCAAACUCAAUCCGGAUGUAGAUAAAGAUUACUGGGAUUUCACUAAUUUAGAAUUUGGAUAUUACGACAUCCCCGCCUCCAUUGAUUAUAUUUUGCGUCAUACAAAGUCUGAAAAACUCAACUACAUUGGCUUCUCGCAGGGGGGCAGCACUUUCAUUAUAAUGAAUUCCAAAAGACCAGAGUACAUGAAUAAGACAGGCGUGGCCAUAUUGCUGGAGCCAGGUUCGAGACAAACCUACACCAGAUCAAAGUUGUUCAGGCUGCUCUGUGAAACUUACUUACUGAAUUAUCCUUUACUUAUGGAUGUCGGACAGUACGAAGCUUUACCUUUGGAUGGAGUUAUUCAGAAAAUAGCUGCGUUCCUCUGCAAGGAUACGAUUAUCGCCAACACAGGUUGCAGGCUGGCGCUCAGCCUCAUAGAUGCUCCUCAUCCUGGCUCCAUAGAGACGGACACUGUUAAAGUACUUUUUAGCCAUUUCCCUGCGGGGACCUCCGUCAAGAACAUGGUUUGGUAUGGCCAAGCUGUAAACGUUGAUACAUUUCAAAACUUCGAUUACGGUACUAUCAAAAACUUGCAAGUGUACGGUAGUGUGCAGCCUCCCGCUUUUAAUGUAAGUUCGGUAGAUGUGCCCAUCGUGAUAAUCCACGGAAGGAAUGACUUCCUGGCGUCUCCAGCCGACGUCGAAUGGGUGGCCAGCAAACUGCCCAAUCUCUUGGAGGAGUUUUACGUGGAGGAACCUAUGUGGAAUCAUUUCGACGUGACUUACAGUCGGCUAACCAGUAAAUACAUAUUACCCAAAAUAAGUGAAUAUUUAAAGAAAUAUAGUAAUUAA